AUGGCCUCCAACUUUAACGACAUAGUCAAGCAGGGCUACGUGAAAAUCCGCAGCAGGAAGCUGGGGAUUUUCAGACGAUGCUGGUUGGUUUUCAAAAAGGCUUCCAGUAAAGGACCCAGAAGGCUAGAAAAAUUUCCAGACGAAAAGGCAGCAUAUUUCAGAAACUUCCAUAAAGUAACUGAACUGCACAACAUCAAAAAUAUAACCAGGCUGCCUCGAGAAACAAAGAAGCAUGCCGUGGCAAUUAUCUUUCAUGAUGAAACCUCCAAGACAUUUGCCUGCGAGUCAGAGCUGGAGGCCGAGGAGUGGUGCAAGCAUCUCUGUAUGGAGUGUCUGGGGACCAGGCUGAAUGACAUCAGCCUUGGGGAACCUGACCUUCUGGCAGCAGGAGUGCAACGAGAACAGAAUGAGCGGUUCAAUGUGUAUCUGAUGCCUACACCAAAUCUGGAUAUUUACGGCGAAUGCACAAUGCAGAUCACUCAUGAGAAUAUCUAUCUCUGGGAUAUCCACAAUGCCAAGGUCAAACUGGUGAUGUGGCCUCUCAGCAGCCUGAGGAGAUACGGGCGGGACUCCACAUGGUUCACCUUUGAGUCAGGAAGAAUGUGUGACACGGGUGAAGGACUAUUCACUUUUCAAACAAGGGAAGGAGAAAUGAUCUAUCAGAAGGUCCAUUCUGCAACACUUGCCAUAGCUGAGCAACAUGAAAGAUUAAUGCUAGAAAUGGAGCAGAAGGCCCGGCUUCAGACAAGCUUGACUGAGCCAAUGACGUUAUCCAAAUCAAUAUCUCUUCCUCGUAGCGCGUACUGGCAUCACAUCACCCGUCAGAACAGCGUUGGUGAGAUCUACAGUUUGCAAGGUCACGGGUUUGGUUCCUCAAAGAUGUCACGCGCACAGACCUUUCCCAGCUACGCCCCAGAGCAGAGCGAAGAGACUCAGCAGUCCUUGUCCAGGUCCAGCAGCUAUGGAUUCAGCUACAGCUCCAGCCUCAUCCAAUGA